CUCACAUGGUGUGCGCCAUUCUCCAACUGUAGAUCACAUUGCUUUUUCUAUACAUAAUAAUAAAUAUAUUUACUUGCCCAAUAUAUUACUCCGUAUUUAGUAUUUAUUUAAUUAGCAGCAAUGCCGCCCAUAUUUCCUUCUCGCUGAUGUAGGCAACCAUUUUUCUCGGUUGACUCUCGAUAUCCAUGGCCUUUUGUCCGUUCAAAAUCUCUACCACUUCAAUCUCCUGAAAUCUCGAUACCCCCACACAGAAAAAAGCCCGAGAGACAGGAUCAGACAAAAUACUUUUUACCUUAAAGUGAACACAUUUCCUGCACGACUAUGAAUACUGGGUCUAAGAAGCCCUUGACUAAUGGUUAUGAGAAUUCUUUGGGCCCAGAAGCACAGAAGCAAAAGAUUGAUGAAGUGAGGAAGUUGAUUGGGCAACUGUCUGGUAAUUUAGCUCUGUAUUGUUCAGAUGCAUCCAUAUCAAGAUAUUUAAGGGCACGAAACUGGAAUGUCAAAAAGGCUGUUAAGAUGCUUAAAGCAACACUGAAGUGGAGACUGGAAUACAAGCCAGAAAAUAUCCGCUGGGAUGAUAUUGCCUCUGAGGCUGAAACUGGAAAAAUUUACAGGUCCGAUUAUAAAGAUAAACAUGGAAGAACAGUUCUAGUCAUGAGACCCAGAUGCCAGAACACCAAAUCAACUAAAGGCCAAAUCAGGUACUUAGUGUACUGCAUGGAGAAUGCUAUCAUAAACCUUCCUGAAGACCAAGAACAGAUGGUGUGGUUGAUCGAUUUCCAUGGUUUUAAUGUUUCACACAUCUCCUUGAAAGUGACUAAAGAAACAGCUCAUGUUUUGCAAGAGCAUUAUCCUGAAAGGCUUGGAGCAGCUAUUCUUUAUGAUGCACCAAAAAUAUUUGAACCAUUUUGGAAGGUUGCGAAGCCAUUUUUGGAGCCCAAGACUGCAAACAAAGUCAGUUUUGUUUACUCAGAUGAUCCGAAUUCUAAGAAAAUAAUGGAGGACUUGUUCGACACAACUCAACUGGAAUCUGCCUUUGGUGGGAAUGAGAGUGCAGAUUUUGAUAUCGCCAAGUAUGCAGAGAGGAUGAGGGAGGAUGAUAAGAAGGUGGCAGCGUUUUGGAUGGUCGAAGAUAAUUCCAGAUUAGGCGCUCCACCAGCAUUGCCAGCUGUCCCGUCUUUAGAGGCGACGAAUUCGGAUUCAGAUUCCGAUGCCUCAAACAAGAAGGCUGAGAAAUCAAUUCAUGUUGAUGACAAUGGAGAAGCUUCAGAUGGUGAACCUUUCCCAGCUCCCAUUAGUGGAAAUAAUGGCACAAAAUAGUCUUAAAAUGAUGAGGAAAUGUUGUUGUGGCUAUCACUUUGAUGGUACUAGUUUUGCUAACUACUCAUUGCUCAAUCUCUCAUGGCAAAUGAAUUAAUUGUUGUAGCUGUGUAAACAGACAAGAGUUUUAUCAGGACAAGAACAUCAUGAAUUAAUUCCUUGUUUUUAAUACAAGGAAACUUGAAUUCCA